ACCGCCUGAAAGGCAACAUUGCCUGAAUCGCCAUUGAGAGUGAGCGCACAGUUCAUAUGGUGGAAAUUAUCAGCUGAAGGGUAGACAGUGUUUACAACCGAGGCCAAGAGGAAAAGACAGCACCAUUUAGUAAGGUUUUGAGGUGAUAGACGAAGUUUAGACUGCGUAUGUAUAUAGAAACAUCGUUUCGUAGCUGUCUGUGGACUGCGCGCGGCUGACACUUUUUGGUCAGGUUCUUUGUGUGUCGACAAUGGUUUGUUUUUCUUCGUUAGGAUCUCUCUUCUGGCUUUGACCGGAUCGUUUUAAAUGAAGUGUAGAGUUGCAAUCGUACACCUUUGAACGACGGAAGUCUGGUUGGAGUGAGUACGGGUGGAAAGGAGGGGAUAGGCAGGAUUUUAACAUUUAGACAUAAAGGAGUUAGGAAAGGAGAUGGGAAAUUGUCUGAAAUCUCCCACUUCGGAUGAUAUCUCCUUGCUCCACGAAUCCCAGUCAGACAGGGCCAGUUUCGGUGACGCCAACGAUCCGGAUCAGGAACCACCUCCUCCAUAUCAGUUUAGAGUGUUCUCUCCAAUCUUGGAGAAUCUGGAUCUUGAUUGGCACGAAGAAGUUGCAGCUGCCCAAUGAGAACAAAAGGUAUAAGGAGCAGAUCCAUGUGCCGGUGUACCACCCGACUCCCAGCCAAGCCCGGCUGGCGACCCAACUGACUGAAGAGGAGCAGGUGCGUAUUGCUCAGAGGAUUGGCCUCAUCCAACACCUGCCCAAAGGAGUCUAUGAUCCAGGCAGUGACGGCACCGAAAAGAAGAUUCGAGAGUGUGUUAUCUGCAUGAUGGACUUUGUGUACGGUGAUCCCAUCCGGUUCCUCCCCUGCAUGCACAUCUACCACCUGGACUGCAUAGAUGACUGGCUGAUGAGGUCCUUCACGUGUCCCUCCUGUAUGGAGCCUGUAGAUGCUGCUUUGCUCUCGUCCUACGAAACUAACUGACUACUGCCUGCGCUGAUGCCCUCCCUACACACACACAUACACAUAGAAUCAGCCCUUGAGUCCUGUCCUCACAUUGCCCCUUUGUGCUCAGAGACAAACUGUCCACUCAGUUGGGGGCGUGGGAUGUAGAAGGACCUAAGAGCCACACUGAUGGUUUAAUCUCUCCUGCGUUGUCCUGCUGGACCGGGAAACCUUCAGGAGCCAUUUUGCACCCUUAUGACUUUAUCUUGUGAUUUCCUAUGCCUAUCUUCAAACAACGCCCAGACAAACCAGUCAUGCACCAUUCCACUGAAGCAACACUUACACUGGAACGAGACAAACAUAUUGGUGGACUAUUUAAGAAAACACCAGUUCAACAUUCAAUCUCUAUUUAUUUAAGUCUUAGUGUCUCAGUUUCCAUAAAAGACUCAUUUGGUUUCCGGGCGAAAUCGCAGUGGGGCAAAACAGCAAAUUACAUUGCACACACGCACAUAUUCAUGCAAAGAAAAAAGAAAGAAAAUUCCAUGGUGAAUUUUGCACUUUGACUCCAAUUCAGAGAAGUAAGCCCAGCUGUACACACAUGUGCACAAAACCCCCUCCACCAGUGGUGCACACAGGAAUCAUCACUUGUAACUUUUAUUUAACUGUAAGUUAGCUUUUGAUUUUACAUGUUUGUUUGUUUGUUUGUUUUAAAUUGCUAUAAAAUUCUGCAUAUUUUUGUUGAGAAGUUGUUAUAUUUCUGUAUCGACUGUGAGCAGCAAACCUGAAUAUGUUUGUUGUGCUGACACUUUUAAGGGGAGUUCACACCGAUAGCGUUUGCAGCGACAAAGUGACCAGUAGUCAUUCAUUUUCAAUAAGAGUUCACAAUUUUUGGCGUCGUGUGCAACAGUGAUCGCUGGCGAUGGAAUAAAGUUGAACUGUCAGCUUUAUGCAAAACGGCAUGGAUGCAGUGUAGGAAGUUGGAACACCUACUAUCUAUCUCCAACCUUUUAAUCACUGUCAUUGUGAACGCUCGAGAACGAGCUGGAUGCAAUUUGUAGUGGCAAGAUGAUAAAUUCCCUUUGUCAUGGACUUUAAGAAAUGAAAAAAAAAAAGAACAAGUGAUGUAAUCCUGUACUUUACUAAAUUGAAAAUGUCAAACACUUGGUGGUGACAGCUCUCACAUCGGAUGAGAUGAAAUGUUUUUUUGCUCUUUGCUUUGUCAUUUUUAAAUCACCAUUGCUGUUAGUGUAAUAGCAAAUCCGAAAAAUGCAUCUACAGAAAAAAAUACUGAAGUCAUUGGAAACCUGAAGGUCAGCCCAGAGUGUCAUGUGUGAUAUUAGUAUGAUUAAUGCAAUAUAGGCUGUAGUGACUCGCAAAAGUACACAUAUGAGUGUGCAAAACCGCUUGAUCAUGUUAGUUUCACCUUCAUUGCACUUGAGUUUUGUUAACCUAAUUGUAUAGUGCAGUGAUAUGCAUUUAUAUUUUUUUGUGAUAUUUUAUUUUAAUUCUGAUUACCGGAUACUUCAAAAGAAGUCUUUAUGACAUCACAAAGGACUCACAACCUUAGAAAAAUGAACAGCUGAACCCUUUGAUUAUUUCCACUGUUUUACUGAAAAGUGAUUUGAGGUCACAGUGAGAGUGAAUCACCAAGGAUUUGGUGAAUCAUUAAUCAAGUAUAUAUAUGUUUUUCUUUAGAAGUAAGUGAAAAAGGAUUUAAAUGUUUUCCCAUUGACAUUUUUAGCCAGAUUUUUUUUUGGCAAAUUUGUGUUUUAUAUCAAAAACUAGACAAAGGGCAGAGAUGCAAGAAAAGUUGUACAAUAUUUAUUCAAAAGUAUAUAUUCCUUCGUGUCCACCUUUAUUUGGUGAAAUUAUGCCCAGCCCUCUUUCUGUCUCUUUCUCUAUGACUAUAAAAGUUAAGCACACGAGA